GAUUGUUUUAAUUGAAUUUAGAUCAAUUUGGUUGAGUUCCAGAAGUGUUUUUAAGCUUCUUUGGCAUUCAUUUCGUGAUCUGUUUUUGUAUGAUUUUUUCCCUUUUUCUUUGAUUAUAUUCUGCGGUGAUUUAGUGAACUUCGAUCUUUAAUCAAGUUUAGGAUUAUUUUUUUGGCUCAGGAAAUGUCAAGUUAAAUCGUUGUGAUUUUAGGCUUAGAUUUAUUGAAGGUUGACUUAUACCAGAAUCAAGUCUUCUAACUGUUGCUUGUGGUUUAGAUAUACUUAUAUUUAUAAAUUGUUUUAAGUUUUUGCAUUUAUAAUUUUUUUUUGGUUCUUCCAAGUUUAGAACGUACAGGUAUUUUACUUUUUGAACUUGGCAGUUCAGGAAUCUGAGAAUAGUCAGUGUUGAUGAAACAGUGUUUAUUAGUCUGUAUGGGUUCUCCAGGAAAAAAAUGGUUCCUUAUAUACCGAGAAAACACCUUGAGAAGAAAAGAUGGGGUGGUUGGUGGAGCAAAUAUUGGUGUUUCGGAUCUUACAAACAGAAAAAGCGAAUUGGACCUGCUGUUCCUGUUUCUGAAACGAGUUCUUCCCGUGCUAAUAUGCCUGCUGCUGAAAUUCCAACCCAAGCCGUUACAGUGACACUUCCCUUUGUUGCACCUCCUUCCUCUCCUGCAUCUUUCCUUCCAUCUGAACCCCCUUCUGCUACUCAAUCUCCAGCUGGGUUAGUGUCUCUCACCUCUAUUUCUGCCAGUAUGUACUCCCCAGGGCCUGCUUCAAUUUUUGCAAUUGGCCCUUAUGCUCAUGAAACUCAGUUAGUUUCACCACCUGUUUUCUCCACCUUCACCACUGAACCUUCAACUGCUCCCUUCACUCCUCCUCCGGAGUCGGUACACUUGACUACACCUUCCUCGCCCGAGGUGCCAUUUGCUCAGUUCCUUGGCCCUAACCUCCAGUAUGGAGAGGCUGGACAGAGAUUCCCAAUAUACCAGUAUGAAUUUCAGUCCUAUCAACUUCAUCCUGGGAGCCCCAUUGGGCAACUGAUCUCACCAAGCUCAGGAAUCUCAGGUUCUGGCACCUCAUCUCCUUUCCCUGAUGGUGAUUUUGCUGCUGGUUUACGUUUUCCUGAGUUCCGAAUGGGUGACCCUCCCAAGCUCUUGAACCUUGAUAAGCUUUCCAACCGUGAAUGGGGAUCAAGUCAUGGUUCUGGAACUUUAACCCCAGAUGCUACAACGUGCACCCCUCGCAAUGGUCUUCGUUUGGAUCAUCCGCUCUCUGAAAUCGUGUCACAUCCGAGUUUGAUUAAACAAAACCCAAUUGAUCAAGUUGCAGUUAAUCAUAGAGUUUCAUUUGAGUUGACUACGGAAGAAGUUAUAAGAUGUGCGGAAACUGGGGCAGCAACAUCAUCUGAAGCUGUUCCAGAAUUUCUACAUAAUGAAGCAACAAGAGAAAGAGAAGAAAACACAACUAAGGUGGCAGAUGAUUAUGAAUAUCGUGUCGGUGAAACAUCCAAUGAAAGACCAGAGAAAGCUCCAGCAGACAGGGAAGGCACACCGCAGCACCACGAGAAUCAAUCCUUAACACUCGGGUCAGCUAAAGAAUUCAAUUUUGAGAACGUCGAUGGAGUUGAUGCCCAUAAGCCUAUUCUUAGUUCCGAUUGGUGGGCCAACAAGAAGGUAGCCGGAAAGGAUGAUAAUGUAGCCAGGAAUUGGUCAUUUUUUCCUAUGAUGCAACCAGGAGUAAGCUAACCGGUACACAUUUUAGUCGAUGCCUUCUGAUUUUCACAUCAUUUUAAGAACAUAGGUGUGGCUUUGGGGAUCCAGAGUAAACAAUUUGGUAACAGCAACAGGGCACAGUUAAUCAACCAUAUCAUUGAUAAUUUUAGGGGGGUUUGACACAGACGGCGCAUAUUGCAAUGUUUUCGGAGGAAACAGAGUCUUAUGGGCGUAGUUCUAUUGUUUAAUAUAUGUAUUAUAUAUCUCUAAUUUAGGCAGAAAGAUAUGAACACAGUCCUUUGAUUUGUGCCCCCAUAUUUAAAAUCCUAAUGACAGGAUAGUAGAUGGCAAUAAUAAUAAAUAAUAAUAGCAUUGCCGUUAAAAGAAGGGGAAAUUUUUUUACCGAUGUUUACUUAUGCUGGUAUCUGCAAAAUUGAUGGAUAUUCAAUUCGCUGGGGUGAUAUUGUUUUCUGAA